GUGCCACAUAAACUCUUUCACAGUCAGACAGCAAACCCUCUCCGUUUGCUCUUGAUACCCCAAUCAAAAGCCCCCAAAAUUCAAUCUUUCCUUCUCCAAACCCUAGUUCUUUGACUGGAGGCUUAGAGGACUCUAAAGAAAAACAUUAUGGGAAAAAAGGAGGUGGAUACUCCAACUAAAACCCAGAAGUCAUCACCAUCUCAGGACCCAACUCCUACCCCUCAGGCAGCUUAUCCUGAUUGGGCUUCAUUUCAUGUAGCUUAUUAUAACUCUGCCGCAACUACUCCUGUGACUCCACCUGGUUACUUUCAUUUUUCAGUCGCACCAAGUCCUCAAGGGCAACCGUACAUGUGGGCACCACAGAUUUUGCCUCCUUAUGGUACUCCACCAUCACCUUAUGUUGCUAUUUAUCCUCCUAUGGGGCUUUAUCCUCAUCCAGCCACCCCAACGAUUGCUACAACCAAUGGUGUGGAAACAGAUACUAAAUCAGUGGAAAAUAAAGAAAAAAGUUCCACAAAGAAAUCAAAAGAAAGCUUAGGAAUUCUGAGUAUGAAUACUGGCAAACAUGAUGAAAAUGAUAAAGGAUCUGGCACAUCUGCUAAUGCAUUAUCGCAAAGUGGUGAGAGUGGAAGUGACAUUUCGAGUGAAGGAAGCGAUGCAAAUUCUGAAAGUGAUUCACAAAAAAAGCAAAAUUGUUCAGGGGAAGAGGCCGCCCAGAAUGAGAAGACUGAAGGGAAUACAUCAAACGAGGCAAUACAAGCACAAAAAUUGACUGCCUUCAAUUAUGUCGUGCCAUUGGCAGCCAUUCCGCCUGGUGGAGUUAAUGGCUCGAGACCCACUGCAAAUCUUGGGGUGAGCUAUUGGGGAGGUCCUUCUUCGUCUUUGACCAUGCAAGGCGGCAACAUGGCUUCUACAACAACUGCAGUCCCAUCCAAUCAUAAUGUUCCUAUAGAUCCCGUUAUACAAGAUGAGCGGGAACUUAAGCGACAAAGAAGAAAACAAGCGAACAGGGAAUCUGCCCGCCGCUCCAGAUUGCGUAAGCUGGCUGAAUCCGAAGAACUGGCUCAGCGCCUUGUCAGUUUAUCUGCGGAAAACAAUUCUCUUAAAAUAGAAUUGGGGCGAUUAAGGGCGAACUGUGAAAAACUAGCUACGCAAAAUGCUUGCUUAAAUGAAGAACUUCAGAAAUGCAUGGAUGAAGAGUCGAAGGAGGAUAGCAAUCAAAACCAGCACACCGAAAUCACUAAUGAAGAUGCCUAAUGGAAAAAAGGCACUGAGGCAGAUAGCUUAACGCAGAGCAUCAUCGAUGAAUGGAUUUUCAGCACCGCUGCUAAUUUUUACUAAUUAUAAAUGUAUCUUUUUGGUACAUGUUUGUUUUGUUUGGUUUUGUGCUGUUUGUGCAGUUGUGAAGAUGGUGUUCCUGAAUGUUUUUUUUCUGUUUCAAAUGAACACCAUUUUAGUGCUGUAUAUAUACUUUAGAUUGGCUUCUUGUUUGUAUAUCCAGUUUUUUGGGUAAUUAUAUAAUCGAGAUAUGAACUUUUGCAUGUGUUUAA